UAUGGUUUUGGUUAUCAUCAUUCACCACAGUCUGCAUUCGAGGAUUUUACGUUUGAGAGAAUCCUUAAAGUCAUCAAGAUCAACUCUAUGGUGCCUUGCAAAACGGAAGGAUGUGAGAAACUAAGCUACGUUGAUCAUGUUAUCCCUACACUUCCUUCUGUUUUUACCAUUGCACUAGAGUGGGAGAACAAUGAGACUGGAGAAGAGAUACUUGCCACCACUUCUGUUCUCGCUACUGAAAUAGAUAUUAGUGAGAUUUACAAAUACGAAGGUGGAUCACCAGAGACCAAAUACAAUCUUGUGUCAAUGGUUUGCUCGCAUGGAGAUCAAUACGCUUGUGUUGCUUACUUUAACAAUCGAUGGGUCAUUUAUUUUCCUUCUGAGCAACAGGUUAUAGGUGACUGGGAUAGUGUUAUCAACACUUUUAUACGACUGAAUAUGCGACCUGACAUUCUAUUUUUCGAAAACGAUAUGCAGAGAAAGCGGAUUGUGAACGCACAGAUAAAUACACCAAGUGAUGUGAAAAAUACGUAUAUACAAAAAUGGGACCAACUGCAAAAUUUUAUGUUUUCCCUUCAGCCUCAAUCCUCCUGAUUGGUAUGAUGUAGUCACUGAAUAAAAGUACUAUUUUCUAAAUGCACAGCUUACUUCGGUUUGUUAUUAAGGAUACAGUGUGUUGUUAA